UGUAUUGCUUCUUUGCAUUCCAGGUAGGAGCCAACUUCCUCAGGAUGUUCUUGUACACAUAUUUGGCUUCUUAGAUUUAACGUCUCUUGUCACUGCCUCUUUAGUCUGCAGGUCGUGGAGUGUGGCAGCUAGUGACAACCAUCUGUGGCAGUUGAUGCAUAUUAACUUUUUCGGAAGGCCAAGUGACAACCCAAAUAUUAUCAGGCUUACCUAUGGUGUGGAGAGAAUUACUUUUACUCCGGGAAAUACCACCACAGCUAGUGUUGACUGGAGAGAUGCUUUCAAGCGAGCUUAUAGAGGAAUUUCAAGAAAGAUAACAUCCCAGAGGGGCUUUUGCAAGCAGUGCAAUUCAAUUGUUUGGCUGAGUAAUUCCAAGUGUUCCAAUGAAUGCUUUGGGAAAAUUUCUGAUGAACAUCAGAUCAUGCCUGUGUCAAUUAAACAGAUUGUGGACUACGUAAUAGAGGAAUCCAUACCUUCCUCAGAUAGUGAUAGUGAUUCAGAUGACUCAGUUGAUGGCUCACUCUUCAAGCUGUGGGCGUAUCCCACGAGAUUUGGCGAGCCGCAUGCCGGAUGUGGUAGCAUAUAGAAGAUCCUUGUUAAUAUAUCGAGAUAUAAACAGUGUUUGCUGGGGACUGAAACAAUGAGGUAAAAGAUUGUAAUUAGUGCACGUUCAAAUAUCAAUCAAAUGUGACAAUUAAUUAGCCUUCUCGGUUGUUUUGUCCUUUUUGUUGCUUCUGGUAACAAAGACAUGGUUAAUUUGAAAUGGUCGAAUUACAUCCUUUCUACGUCGAGAGUUAUAGAAAUGAAAAUCUCAUCAGUGUAAAUA